AUGUUCCCCUUUCCUUCUUCUUCUUCUCUCUUUCUUUCUUUCUUUUUCGUUUGUUUCUUUUAUAUCCCUUCCCUUUUUCUUCCCUUUCUUUCUUUCUUUCUUUCUUUCUUUCUUUCUUUCAUUUUCGUUGUUUGUUUCUUUUAUAUCCCUUCCCUUUUUCUUCCUCUUCUUUCUUUCUUUUUCAUUAUUUGUUUUUUUAUAUCCCUUCCCUUUUUCUUCCUCUUCUUUCUUUCUUUCUUUCAUUUUCAUUGUUUGUUUGUUUUAUAUCCCUUGCCUUUUUCUUCCUCUUCUUUCUUUCUUUCUUUCUUUCUUUCUUUCUUUCUUUUUCAUUGUUUGUUUGUUUUAUAUCCCUUCCCUUUUUCUUCCUCUUCUUUCUUUCUUUUUCAUUAUUUGUUUUUUUUAUAUCCCUUCCCUUUUUCUUCCUCUUCUUUCUUUCUUUCUUUCUUUCUUUCUUUCUUUCUUUCUUUCUUUCUUUCUUAUAACAAUCAUUUCAACUCCGGAUUGUCGUCCCGUGAAGAUAACAUCAAUAUCUUCUUAACCCACUUUGUUCAUAUACAUUUCACUCACGCUCAUUCUCUCUCUCUCUCUCUCUCUCUCUCUCUCUCUCUCUAUCUAUCUAUCUAUCUAUCUCGCUUCAUCUCUUCUCUCUCUAUCUCGGUUCACCACACUCCCCCUCUAUUUCUCUCUUUCUAUCUCUCUACCCUGGUUCAUAUCUAUCUAUCUAUCUAUCUAUCUAUCUAUCUAUCUAUCUAUCUAUCUACAAACAUAUACGGACUUACGGCCAUAUCACACAUCGUUCUCUUCCUUUCAUUACUCCUCUUAUUCUCUCUUACACUCCCUCUCUCUCUCUCUCUAUCGCUCUCUAUCUAUCCGUCUCUCCGUUUCUCAUUUUCUUUCGAUUUAUACCUCGCAUCUCUCUCUCUCUCUCUCUCUCUCUCUCUCUCUCUCUCUCUCUCUUCUGUAGGAAGUUUUGUUUGGAAAUAUUCCCUUUCAUGGUAUUUAUUCUUUAGUCUUCUUUUUGUUCCAAUCAAUCUCUCUCCGUUUUUCUCUCUCGUUAACUCAGUAUCUACCUGCCUCUCUCUCUCUCUCUCUCUCUCUCUCUCACUCCUCUCUCUCUCUCUCUCUCUCUCUCUCUAUCUAUCUAUCUUGUCUACGAAAUUUUAUUGGGAAAUUUUCCAUCUCAUGGGAUUAUUCUCUCACUCUUUCUAUCUCUCUCUCUCUCACAGUCACUUUAACGGACUCACUCUAUCUUUCCUUCCAUGUCGAUCAUCAUGUCACUUUCUAUCUAUCUAUCUAUCUAUCUAUCUAUCUAUCUAUUUAUCUAUCUAUCUAUCUAUCUAUCUAUCUAUAUAUAUAUAUAUAUAUAUAUAUAUGUUUGUCAGUUCAUAUAUGUUUGAAUUCAUUCUUCUAUAUAGAAGGGACUUCCUAUAUAUCAAUCUAUAUAUCUAUCUUAAUCUUUUUACAUUCUUAAUCUUAUUUUCAUUUUAUGGCUGUUUAUUAAUCUUUUCCGACCUAUCUAUCUAUCUAUCUAUCUAUCUAUCUAUCUAUCUAUCUAUAUAUAUAUAUAUAUAUAUAUAUAUUUUUCCAGUUCAUAUAUGUUUGAAUUCAUUCUUCUAUAUAGAAGGGACUUCCUAUAUAUCAAUCUAUAUAUCUAUCUUAAUCUUUUUUUACAUUCUUAAUCUUAUUUUCAUUUUAUGGCUGUUUAUUAAUCUUUUCCGACCUAUCUAUCUAUCUAUCUAUCUAUCUAUCUAUCUAUCUAUCUAUCUAUCCUUUUCUGUUUAUACAUUAUAUCCUUGUAUUUGUCUUCUUUUUUCUAAUCUAAUCUUCUCUUACGUUUUUUUUUCGUUACUCUUUUCAUUAUUUGACCAGUGA